GUUCCUGGUUCCGAUCGGCUCCGACCGUUCAAAACGACUGCCGCCAUGCGAGACAUUCAGGAACUGGUCGCGCAAGAACUUGAGGAUCAGGAUUUAGAGGAACUUCUGGAUUGCGUGUCAGAUGGCGACGGCGAACCUUUGGAUUCGCUUGAGGCGCCCUUGAGACUGGACGACAGCUUUCCAUGCAGCAUCUUCAUAGCAGGAGUUCCUAAGGUUUCCAAAGAGAAGUACGACAAACUCUUCAACGUCCUGUCGAAACUCAUCAACAAGUAUGGAGAGAGCGACAAGGACAUGCCCUACAAUCCUGAUGGCACCGAAACAGAGGCUGUGUGA